ACAAAUCACUUCUUAACGAAUUCUGAACGUUGCCGCUCCAGCAAGUUCAACGUUUGAAAGGCGUUAAUUAAUUUAUGAAUUUGGUGGUAAUUAAUAGUGUAAACACUUAGUCGAAAUAUGGGGAUUAACAGCGGAAAGUACCUUUUAAUUGUUGGCCUCCUGUUGCUUGUUGGCCAAUAUAAAAGCGUUAGUGGGUAUCCUCAAGCUGCUAAGGCUACUGCGCUGGCAAGCGCAGAUGCGCGAUCCAGUGGUGACAACGCCGGUGCCCUUGCUGUGGCGUCUGCUGAGGCAGAUGCCGAUUUGAAGGGUUCGGAAACCUUUGGUUUUGGCUACUAUCCGGGUGUGAUUGGCGGUGGUGGUCUAUAUGGUCAUGGCUUAGGUUAUGGCGGCUAUGGUUACGGCGGGCGCUGGGGUUAUGGCGGCUACCACGGUUAUGGCGGUUAUGGUGGGUAUGGUGGCUACGGAGGCGGUUAUGGCGGUGAUGGUUAUGGUGGUCGUGGAGGAAUUGGUGGCGGUCAAGGUGGUUACGGUGGUGGUAGUCUAGGCGGACACGGUGGUGGUGGUGGUUACGGUGGCGGUGAAGGCGGCUUUGGUGGACAAAGCGGUGGUGGUUAUGGUGGCGGUCUAGGCGGAUAUGGUGGACAAGGUGGUGGUAGUGGUUAUGGCGGCAGACAAGGCGGACAUGGUGGUGGUGGCAGUGGUGGUGGAUACGGAGGUAGCGGCCGUGGUGGAUAUGGUGGCGGUGGCUACUAA